AUGACAUUGACUGAGAUGAAAGCUGAUGGCAGCAGUAACCCAUCCCCGUUCACUGUUACUGUGCCUAAGAGCACACCCCCUCUAAAAACCCCCCGUCUAGCCGUACCUCAAUUCCACGCCACCAUAGCUUUCCCCACCACUGAUGUUGUCGUCGCCGCCGCUUCACAACCGCCUUUGCUCAUGAAAUUCAACAUCUUGCCCCUCUCGUCGAGCACUCUCCUCAAAUCCUUGACGCUUGCUUUUAAAUCGAUACGUAAUCUUCUCGCCUGGAAGGUGUUCUGGGACACGCUGGACGAAACAGGCCGCAAGAUAUUAGGCCUGUGCAUCGCUGGUGGGCUAGAGGACGCCAAACUGGCUCGCGGGCUGGGACCGGGUUUCACGGGAUGA